UGCAUUCACUCACUCUCAGUCUCAUUCUCUCUUCUUUGUCCGGACAUGAGAGGCGCCAUCGCUGCCGCGGCGUGCGCCGUGCUGCUGCUCGCCGGCGGCAAUGGCGUGCUGUCGGCCAUGGAGGGGGACCGGGACAAGAUCGGGGCGCUGCCGGGGCAGCCGAACGUCAGCUUCGCCCAGUACUCCGGCUACAUCACGGUGGACGCCGCCGCCGCCAAGAAGCGGGAGCUCUUCUACUACUUCGCCGAGGCCGAGCUGGAUCCGGACACCAAGCCUCUCGUCCUCUGGCUCAAUGGAGGCCCUGGCUGUUCAUCAGUGGGGGUGGGAGCAUUCUCAGAGAAUGGGCCAUUCAGGCCUAGUGGCAAUGUGCUGGUGAGAAAUGAGUAUAGCUGGAACAAAGAGGCCAACAUGAUGUAUUUGGAGAGCCCUGCAGGAGUGGGCUUCUCCUACUCCACUGACCCUUCCUUCUAUGGGGGUGUUGGUGACAGCAGGACAGCUAGGGACAACUUGAGGUUCUUGCAAGGCUGGUUUGCCAAGUUUCCACAGUACAAGGGCAGGGACCUGUACAUCACAGGAGAGAGCUAUGCUGGCCACUAUGUUCCACAACUAGCACAACGCAUGGUGGAAUUCAACAAGAAAGAGAAGCUGUUCAAUCUGAAAGGCAUUGCUCUGGGAAACCCGGUGCUGGAGUUCGCCACGGACUUCAACUCGAGGGCGGAGUUCUUCUGGUCGCACGGCCUCAUCUCCGACGCCACGUACCGCUCCUUCACGGCGGUGUGCAACUACUCCCGCUACGUCAGCGAGUACUACCGCGGCUCCCUCAGCGCCGCCUGCGACGCCGUCAUGGGCGCGGUGGCGACGGAGACCAGCCGCUUCGUCGACAAGUACGACGUCACCCUCGACGUCUGCGUCUCCUCGCUCUCCAUGCAGUCCCUCUCCCUCGCCCCGCAGCGAGGGAGCAGGGAGCUGGACGUGUGCGUGGAGGAUGAGACGAUGGGGUACCUGAACCGGAAGGACGUGCAGGAGGCGAUGCACGCGCGCCUCGACGGCGGCGUGGCCAAGUGGACGGUCUGCAGCAGCGUCCUGGAGUACAGGCAGCUGGACCUGCAGAUCCCGACCAUCAACACCGUCGGCGGCCUCGUCAAGUCCGGCGUGCCGGUGCUGGUCUACAGCGGCGACCAGGACUCGGUGAUCCCGCUGACGGGGAGCAGGACGCUGGUGCAGCGGCUGGCGGCGAGGCUGCGGCUGAACACGACGGCGCCGUACCGCGUGUGGUUCCAGGGGAGGCAGGUGGGCGGCUGGACGCAGGCGUACGGCGGCGGCGGGACACUGGCGUUCGCGACGGUGAGGGGUGCGUCCCACGAGGCUCCGUUCUCCCAGCCGGAGCGCUCGCUCGUCCUCUUCAGGGCCUUCCUCGCCGGCCGCCCGCUGCCGGACUCCUUCGAGUGAACAGCGCCACCCCGAUCAUCGGGGACGAGACGACGGACCUCCAUGACUGCAAGCUUAAUUACUUACUAGCCAGCUAGGAUCGAGCGGAGGGUGCAAGCUGCGAGAUGUAUUUGCCCGUGCUGCUGAUCGAGAUGUGCGAAAUUGUCCGGGCAAAGUGGGAAUCUGAAUUGUUUCUUGGAAAAUAUAUAUAGCUAGGAUGUAGAACUCGUGCAAUCCAAGCACAAACAGUGCGCCACACUGCCAAUGGGCGCCUCGAUCAGCGUUCAGAUCGGGUGAGAUCCAUUAUUAAUUUACGGCAAAGUUAUUUGAGACAAGAAGGUAGAAGGGCCGGUUCUAUAAUUUUGAGGGUCCUAUAAGACUCCAGCAUCAUGGACUAUUUAGGCUAAAUAUUUUCUACUUGUAAUAUUGAAGAGAAGUGACAAAUAAACAACAUCAGUAACGUGGUAAA